AUAAAUCUUUUUCAACUAAUGUUACACAUUGAACCUUUCAAGGAUUCUUCUAAGACAUAUCCCUGCAUUCAAGUUUUGCUUUAAUCUGUCCAGUGGGUUUUGCUUAUUCUUCUUUACUAACUUACAAACAAAGUGACAGGGGGAAAACAUUGCCUCCUUGGCAUUUGUGAAAUUGCUGAUACCAUCAUUAACACCACUGUAUUCAGAUCUACUACUAUUCAUCAUUAUGGACUGUGACAUGCAAGAGAACAAAAGCUAGCACUCCGGAUUCUCUUCCUACAGUUGUUUUGUAUGCAAAUACAUCAGGUCACCUGGUCACUCCUAACCCGGCCCCUCCUCUCACAGAGCGAGUGCUGUAAGAUGAGACAUUGGAAACGCAGGUCGCUUUGUUAUUUACCUUGACAGCAGCCGAAGGUAAAAAUGAAAUAACCUCCACCGUGCUGGUUGUUUCGAGCCUCGGUGAACUUCUGUACCUGCAGCACGAUGGAGAGGGAAACUCAAGGAAACACUGCUCAGCCUCCAACAUGUAAUAAUGGCGGUGAGAGGAUUGACCCCUACGGCUUUGAGAGACCUCAUGAUUUUGACUCCUACAAGGAGAUGAUGGACGAGUACGUGGCUGUCCUCAACAGAAGAUCCCUGAGAUGGUCCAAGCUCCUUCAAGAGAAACCUCACGUGGAGAAGAACCUGACAGUGAAGAGGUACGUGCGUAAAGGAGUUCCCAACGAGCACCGGGCCAAGAUCUGGAUGGCGGCAAGUGGUGCCCAGGAACGACUGGAGAGUAACCCGGGUCAUUACCAGUCCCUACUGGCUGCGGAGCAUGACCCCAAGCUGAAGGAAACCAUUCAAACAGAUAUUAACAGGACCUUUCCGAACAACGUCCUCUUCCAGAGCAAAGCCGAGCCCGGUCUGCAGAGGGCGCUGUAUAAUGUGCUGCUGGCGUAUGGACACCAUAAUCAAACAGUGGGGUACUGUCAGGGAAUGAACUUCAUUGUAGGCUACCUCAUCAUCAUCACCAAAGAUGAAGAGAAAUCCUUCUGGCUCAUGGAUGCACUGUUGGGCAGAAUACUUCCAGACUACUACAGCCCGGCCAUGUUGGGGCUGAAGACUGACCAGGAGGUUCUUGAUGAGCUGGUGAAAGCAAAGUCUCCUGCAGUCGGACAGCUCAUGGCUCAGUAUCCCGGCAUAUGGACCCUGGUGGUGUCACGCUGGUUCAUCUGCCUCUACAUUGACAUCCUCCCAAUAGAGACAGUUCUACGCAUCUGGGAUUGUCUGUUCUAUGAAGGCUCUAAGGUUCUCUUCCGUGUCGCUCUGACACUCGUCGCUCACCACCAGCCGGAGAUCCUGAGAGCGCGCUCUCUGUGUGACGUGUGCGAGUGCUUCAAACAGAUCACGUGUGGAGAUUUCACGCUGGACUGCCACACCUUCAUGCAGAAAAUAUUUACAGAACCUGGAAGUCUCUCACUGGCAACUAUUGAGAAACUGAGAGAGAAAUGCAGACAACAAAUCCUGUCGGGGGAUUCAAGACAACCGUAAAAGUUUUGGAUCCACUGUUCGUCUGUCUGGAACUUUGUGCUUAUUGGACUCACAUACCAGUGGACGUAGUGUCGGCUUUAGAUAUGUUGAACUCUAAUCCAGCAGACUGGAUACCUGCAGAAUGUGCUGAAGCAACGUUUUGAACCUUGAGUUUCGCUGGCCGGUACAGUCUUAUGAAUAUUCUUGCAGGUAUAGAUACUACUACACCUGAUGCUUUAUGGUAUUGCAAUAACUCUGAGAAAAUGCUAGUAUUAGUUUGUAUCAUUGUGGAGAAUAUCAGUUGUUAAGAGAUCACCUUUAGUGCAUGCCUCUUGAAUUGUACCAAAAAAAAUCAAA